CAGUAAGUGAAUCACUGAUACUGUACUGCGCAUCCGAAUGCGGAAGUCACUAUUUACAACAGUGCAGUGAUGCAACAUGCGACCCGAAACUUAUGAAACGGACGACAGCGUCCAUGAAAGUCCACCGCCAACGGAUCUAACAGAUCCAGAAAACCGCGACAUUACAGUCACCACCAUUGAAUCCGAAGAGGAUCAUGACGGUUCAUGCAGCGACGAAGGUGACGUUGUCUGCUUGGAGGAUGCAGAGAUAUCUGUGGUGGAUGACAGCGAUACCAAGGAGAUUGACGGAAUUCCCGUAAUCAGCACCAAGCACCUCUCGUUCAUUACGAACCUUUACGCAGCCGAACUGAUUUUUAAAGCGAAGAAACAGAAACGUGGUGUAAAAGUGGCCACCAGAGUCCCACAUCAAGUGCAGCGGACAUCACUUUUUGUUAUCAAACUGUCGUGUUUGGCAAGUCCGGGAGAUGUGUUAUCGGACAGCAACGGUCGAUGGGAGCAAAGCAAUGGGAAGACCAUUCAUUUCUACCGAUGGAGCGGAUCGGAUGUAUAUACAUCGAAUGAAGCGGAGGGAACGGAGUUUCGCCGUUAUACCUAUACAAACUUCAGUGAACCGACCUUCAAACGCGUGAUUGUGUUUUGCCGCGAGCUGGGAUUUGCUGUCCUACAAUAUUACUUUUCCGAUAAAGAAGACAAAUCGUUCGCCAUUACCAGCCACGGAAAAGAGCGGACCGGAAAACCUUAUGAACGAAUGUAUGAAUCCACGAAAGAAAAGAUUAAAAAGGGUUGUGAAAGUGGAAAAGACGCUUCGACUAUUCGCGCUGACAUUUUGGAGGAAGUCGGUCCAAUUGAGAAUCUAGCUUCGACUGCCCAAAUUCCUUCCGCGUUCGUACGCGAAGUGGUUAUUGCACCGGAUCUCAUUGUGAUGCUGGCUCUAGACACGCAGCUAGACGACCUAGUGCGGUUUGCACCAGCUGCAGGAAUGUCUGUGGAUACUACAUUUAAUGUGGGCGAAUACUACGUUACCACCGUCGUAACGCGCCACCUGAUGUUGCGCAACCGUACAACUCGGGUCAGUCCUGUCAUAAUUGGCGUCACCUUUAUCCACAAGAGAAAGACGGGAGAAGCGUAUCAGCGGAUGGCCGCUAUGCUUUUAAAUGUCAGGCCCCAGCUUACCAAGGCAAAGUUUCUUGGAACCGACGGCGAUAAAGCACUUUAUGGCGCAUUCCAGACAAUUUUUCCAACUGUACCACAUAUUCUUUGUAUCAUCCACGCAAUUGACAACAUCAGUCGAAAAGCGGAAGACUUUAAAAUGUCGAAUGUCAAGGACCAGGUGCUCGCGCUUGUUUUUGGGCGUGUUGUCGGAGACCAAAGAGUACCGGGGUAUAUCGACUGCGAAACACCGGAAGAUUACGAAAAAGCUGGAGAGCAGCUGCGCUUAACGUUGGGAGCAAUGCAUGCUAACGGGCCCAAGCUGGCAGAAUACUUUUUCAAAAGCAAAGCACCCUUGUUUCAGGAACAUUAUUCGGCUGAAGCACGUAAAGCGGCAAAUGUCGGCGCCGGAUAUUACAACCAGAACGCCGUUGAAAGUGCAAAUAAAAGAAUUAAGAAAGGGUUUAACAGCUUGAGGGGCAUUAAUCGUUUUGUAAAAGAUAUGGAAAUCUUUGCGAAAAAAGAUCUCCAAGAGUUCGAAUAUGCCACAAUUAAAUCCGGUUUGUACGAAAUAAUUCCUGCGUACAAGCACUUGGAAGCGGACUUCAAAGAAUUACUCCCAACAUCCGAAUUUCAAAAACGGGCUUUUAAGAAGGGUAUUCACCGUGAACCAUUCAGCAUCGAGAAGGCUAACAGCCAACCGGAUAACGGAGACGAAACGCCAGAUCGCUUGACAUGCCAUCCGCACGGCGAAGCAGUCGGUCAGAUCAAAACGUUUAGUCGUGACCUUUUGGCAUCUAUGCUUGAAAAAGCCGAUGUGUUACUGCAAAAACCAAAUCCCAUAGUCCUAGCACCUGGCAGCAAUGGAAGCCGAUUUCUGGUGUGCGGUCAUAAACCCGGGCAGUUGUUAACAGUGACGCUGGACGGAAAUCUGAACCGAAUCGAGUGCGACAAAACCUGCAGCCACUAUGUAACAUUUGUGCCCCAGCUGACGCAGGAAAAAAACUCCAUGGCACCGGUAUUCGCAAAGGUGCGAAGCUCCGAAGGCCACCACCAGUCAGCCUACUGUCAAGUCAACCGCUUGCCGAUGACUCAUCCUUUGCAAGCACUAGCUCUACUGCUUGCCGUAAGCGCAGAGUUGAGCUAA